AUGUCACAGAGGGACGCGCGCGCUGCUGCGCUGCUCGAGCAAGGGCGCAGACAGAAGGCAGAACUCGAUCGCAUGGUCAAGUCGAGCUUCGCUCAUACCUCCUCAUCGUCGUCCAACAGCACUACCUCUCGAGCCGGCAGGAUGCAUCCUAAGGAUAGCAGCGCCAAGUUGCUCGAUGCAGAGAUUGACUUCGCCCGCAGAAACCUUCGCAACACAUGGCUCAAUCUUCUGUUCACCUGCACAUUCACGCGCGAAGCACAAUCUGUCGAUGGAUACAUCUGGAACGAUACCUCGUACAGCCUCAUCUCUGCCUACCGAUCCUAUAUCUCAUCAGCGCAAAAGUCAGUCGAUCCGACCGUCCAGGCACCAGGUCGACGCGGCAAGUCGGCUCAGGAUGCAGCGCGGGUCAAGUCAGAGUAUCGCAAGUUUCUGCUGGAUGAGGAACUCUUCUGGCAUGAGCUAGUUGGCAGACUCGUCCGCCUCUUCUCACUCGAUGAGGCACGCUCCAAUCUCCAAGUGCUAGGCAUUGACGCCGACAACGACGGCAAUACCUCUGUCUCAUCAUCGCUGCCCACUGAUUCCUACGCAUCGAGAGCAACACGGCAGGCCAGUGAGCCCGACGAGACACUAUCACAAGCAGCGCUUUUUCCCGCCAAAAGAACUCACCUCAUCACCCUGCUGCACAAGUUCCUCAUCUUCUGCGGUGACCUUGCUAGGUACCGCGAAAUGUCAUCCCACGAUCACGAGAAUGAUUUACAAGGCAGCCAGAAGAGCAAGGGCCUGCUCAAGUAUGACUUCAGCCGCGCUUCUGCCUUCUACGAGCAGGCGCGCCUCAUCUUGCCAGACCAAGGCAACCCGUCCAACCAGCUUGCUGUUAUCUCGACCUACAAGGGCGACACAUUCGGCUCCCUCUACUACUACUACCGAGCACUUUGCGUCAAGACGCCCUUCGCCAAAGCCAAAAUCAAUCUCGAGAAGUUGCUUGCCAAGCCCACCUCAGCCUACCUCGAGGAAGCAGCACGCUCAUCUGAUGGUGCUAGCCCAACAUGGGAUGCAGCCAAAGACAGGCAGGCUCGAGAUUCGCAGCUGAUCAGCCGGCUCUCGACCAAUGUGGAGGAGGCGCAACAGCUCGCAGAUUCUUGGACAAAGCAACUUGUCAUUCUGCACGGCCUCUUCUACCGACGCAAUCACCUCGACCACAUCAUCUAUCUCUCUCGCUCGGUGUUGGCCACCUUCUCGACCUUAAUGCGAGCUAGGGCGCUGCGUGCCGACCAAAUCGUUCAAUUCCUCGUCACUGCGCUUUGUGCCUCCUGGACCACCCGACUCUGGCGCAGCGCUCCUGCUUCGGCAACUCGAGACUCGUCAAGACCCUCAUCUGAUGGCUCAGAGGACCGACACCGACCCCGAGCGAUCCACGGCGAACGAUCUUCCAAGAAGCGAGCACCGUCCCCGGAAACAGGCAGAUGCGUCGAGUUUCAAGUCACCGCCCAUGUGCUCGGUGUGUUCCGCGAGCUGGCAGAAGUAGGCACCUCUGAAAGUCGACAAGCAACCGAAGCCAACAAAGAGGCUGGGCUGGCGAUGCAGCAGAUGGAUGGCCAGGCCAACCCUAUCCGCAACCUCACCGCAGUGACUCGCAGAACGUUGCCCGCCUUGCGCAUCGUGACCAAGUGGACCAAGACACAUCUCGAAUACAUGCAGCGCAUCGAGAAGCGUGCACGUGAUGCUAUGGAGCAGUCUGGCGAAACGGAUCCUGUUGUGGUUAGGUCCGAGAUGGAAGUGUCGCCGGACUCGGAGCGUCCGAACCCACAUCUCGUCGCAUAUGCAGACACGCUCGAAUCGAUGGACCGAUGUUGGUCGCAGUAUGUGGACCUCAUCAACAGCCUUCGAUAUGCAUUCCCCUUUGACUCGCUGCCCAACAUUGGUAAGGUGGGUGCUGUAGGCGCACCUGCCUUGUGCCUAGAAGAGGACUCGGAUAUGAGAGGAUUCGCUCCUACGCGCAAGGCAACCCAGUCGACGAUUCCAGGCGGCACGACGAUCAGCGUUGGAAUGGGCGAGGCGUGUGCCAACAUCGAGGCGGUAAGGCCAAGCCAGGUGCAUCCGAACGAGGAGCAGCUGAUGCGAAUUGCAGAUCUCAUGAUCGAUGCCAAGGUGGUGGCUGAGUCGCAUGCAAGCCCCAUCCACUUUGACGACAACAACAAUGUAUUUCUUUACCUGAAAAAGGCUGGUGGCGUGACGCAGACAGCUUCGAGAUCGGCUGCAGCUACUACCGCCGCCGCAGCGCUUGCAGAGCAAGCUUCGGGAAACUCGAGUCGAUCGGACUCACUGGACGACCCAGUUGAGGCGGCGAUGCGUGCUGCGAUGGCACAUGCCGAAGGGUCCAAGAACGGUGCUGGUAUUGCAGAUGUUGAGUCUGUGGAGCAGUCGAUGCGCGGUGUACAAGUUCGAGACACUGGCGUCGCCGGAGAACAGCUUCUUGUCCCAUCGCAAGUCAAGUUAAAGCCGCUCAAGAACAAGGACGACUUGGCUCGGCAGCUGUUUGCCGCCUAUCCGAUACCAUCGCAAGGUCCUCAAGGAGCAGCAACCAGUCAAAUGACGCCUUUGAGCUCCAACUCCUCCGCAUCGACUCAUGGACCUGGGGCUGGUAGCAAUCAGGAUGCGUUGCUACAGAUGCUAUCGCAACAGGCUGGAUCCAGUCAUGCAGGCCUCAAUCAGGGCAGCAACAACAGUAGUCAUGCCAACAUGUUGCUGUCGAACGGAGCUCCUAUCAGCUCGAUCUGGGCCCCCAAUGCAUCCGACCUGCCGCCGCAUCUCCAAUCAUAUGCGGGCGGUGCGCUCGACAUGUACCAGCGACAGAUGCAGCAGCAGCAGCAGCAGCAGCAACAGAUGGGAGGUCAGCUCGGAAGCGGGCCGUACCAGCACCAAUGGGGCAACAACGCUUAUCAGCAGCACCAAGGCAACUUGGCAGACGUCUACGGCAACACAACUCCAGAUCCGUUCAACCCGCAUGGAUACGCAGGAGCACAGCAAUUGCACCAGCAGCAGCAGCAGCAGCACACCGCAUUCUCGCCUUCCCUGCACCCUCCGCGGCAGCGAACGACGCCUCAACCUGGCAACAUCCACGGCGACAGACUUGGGUUUGGAGGUGCAGGUGCGAUGUCGAGUCCGACGAUGCGGGAUCCGUACUAUCCCGGACCAGCUGGUGAAGGUGGUGCCGGAGGUGCUGCUCAUUCGCCUCGCUUCUAG